AUGGAGAAUUUACGUCGCCAAUUCACCCAACAACCCUACCUCGUCCAGACGGGCACGCGUCCUACUGGAUCUGUUAUCUCUGUGAACUCUGAAGACUCGUCCGCACCUGUACGAAUGAGUGGUCACCGUCGUCCAGCCAAUGUGGUUGAGAUAUCCGACUCCGACUCUGAGGGCGAAACUCGCGCACCACGCCCGCUAGAACAGCGCAACAACAUACAACCACCUGCACGCCCCUCCGGCGCUGUGCAAGGCUACCCCGUACCGCCUAAUCCCUACAAACCUGCUGCGCCAGCGCCUGCCUUUACGAAGCCCGCUGUCCCCAUCCCACCACCUGCCCAACCACAGGGCGCCACAUGGGGUGCCUUCACCGCCAUCAACGAACAGAACCUCUACGACCCGAAGAAGACAGCCGCAGAAGCCGAGAAGGAUCUCAAGGAACUCUUUACCCAGUCCUUCGACGGGCGUGAAGAGGGCGAAGACGAGAUCGAGAUCGACAUGACAGAAGCUGAGGUCGAUGGCUUCCAGGACGACAUUCGCCUGCUCCCUCACCAAGUUCUCGGUCGCAAAUGGAUGGCGGACCGCGAGUCAGGGAAGCGGUUUGGUGGCAUCCUCGCCGACGACAUGGGGCUCGGGAAGACUAUCCAAACGCUGACACGGAUCGUCGACGGUCGUCCCAAGAAGAGCGACCGUGAAGCGGGCUGGGACGCUGCUACUCUCGUCAUCGCACCUGUCGCUUUGGUCUCGCAGUGGGCCGCUGAGAUCGCCAAGAUGGCGGUAGGGCUUCGGGUCAUUGAGCACCACGGCGCAAGUCGUACCACAGACCCAAGCGUACUCAAGCGGUGUCAUGUAGUCGUGACUUCCUACUCUAUCGUUGCAUCGGAAUACGCCUCAUUCGCUCCGGAAGCGAAGGACGAGAGCAAGAAGGGCAAGAAGAAGAACCUCGACUCUGAAUCUGACUCCGAUGACGAUUCCGACGAGUUCACCCGCAAGCUGGCGAAGAAGUCCGCGGCGAAAAGAAAGGUGAAAGAUGCGCUCUUCCAUGUGAAGUGGUUCCGCAUCGUCCUUGACGAGGCACACAACAUCAAGAACCGCAAGACGAAGGCGGCUAUUGCUUGCUGCGAGUUAAAAGGCAAGUACCGCUGGUGCUUGACUGGUACGCCUCUGCAAAACAGCGUCGAGGAGCUGUACUCCUUGAUCAAGUUCCUUCGCAUCAAGCCUCUCAAUGACUGGCCCACUUUCAACGAGCAAAUCGCGAAGCCCGUUAAGAGCGGCAAGUCAGUUCGCGCGAUGAAACGUUUGCAUGUCGUGCUGCGGGCAAUCAUGCUCCGGCGUAGGAAGACGGACGUGCUCAAUGGCAAGGCGCUUGUCGAUCUGCCCAAGCGUACGGUGGAGAUUGUGACGUGUGACUUCGACGAAGAGGAGCGGUCAUUCUACACCAACCUUGAGGAGAAGAUCACGUCCGCAAUGGAGAAGGUCAUGGCAGCCGGCGACAUCCAAAGGAGUUAUACGCACAUCUUGGUUCUCCUCCUUCGCUUGCGCCAAGCUUGCAACCACCCAUCUCUGAUCACGGGCAACCUGAAAGACGAUAGUGAGGCGCUCGAACCACGCGCUCCGGCAAAGAAGGAUGAGAGUGACUCGGAUAUCGACGAGCUCGCCGACGCCCUUGGUGGUGUUGGGCUGUCAACCGGAAAGAAGUGCCAGAUGUGCCAAACCUCUCUUACGUCGCAGAACGUCGCAGAGGAUGACGACGAGCACUGCACCGACUGUGUCGCCCUUGCUCGCAACGCGCGGCGCAAAUCUGCACGUGGUGGCGCGGCCCUGCCGCCAGACUCGGCCAAGAUUCGCAAGAUCGUUCAGUUGCUCGAGGAGAUCGAGGCUCGUGAGGAGGAGGACGGCGCACCGACAAACGAGAAGACGAUCAUCUUCUCGCAGUUUACCUCCAUGCUCGAUAUCAUCCAGAUCUUCUUGAGGGCGAAGGGGAUUAAGUUCGUGCGCUAUGACGGCUCAAUGGCUAAGGACAAGCGCGAUAUCAGCCUGAACACGAUCAAGACCGAUCGCAGCGUCAAGGUCAUCCUCAUUUCCUUCAAGGCCGGUAGCACCGGCUUGAACUUGACUGCUUGCAACAACGUCAUCCUUGUCGACUUGUGGUGGAACCCGGCGCUGGAGGAACAAGCCUUCGACCGCGCCCAUCGUUUCGGUCAGAAGCGCGAUGUAAACAUCUACAAGCUUACGAUCGAGAAGACCGUCGAGGAGCGUAUCCUGCUAUUACAGGAGAAGAAGCGUGCGCUUGCGGCCGCGGCGCUUGCCGGCGACAAGCUCAAGAACUCGCGUCUUGGCCUCGACGAUCUCAUGGCUCUCUUCCGCCCUGGCCACGACGACGAAGAGGAGGCUUGA